AUGGUUAACUCAUUUGUAGCAACCGCUCAGUGUUGCUUGGCUUUAUCGUCUCUACUUACGGGAAAGGUUUCCUUCCCCGGUACUGACACCUACGACUCGUCUCUGGCUUCCUAUUUCGCGGCACAAGAAGCUUCAACCCACCCGCAAUGUAUUGUUUCGCCCCAGACAGCAGCUGAGGUGGCCUCUGCGGUCCAGCUGUUGACCACAGGUCUGAAUCGGAAAUGCAAGUUUGCUGUUCGCUCGGGAGGUCACAGUAGCCAGCCUGAGGCCGCGAAUAUCCAGGACGGCAUCACCAUUGAUCUCAGGGGCCUUAACUCCAUCGAUGUUAACGAGGGAAAGACUGUUGUAUCCGUUGGGGUCGGAAACUCGUGGGAUCUCGUAUACGCCAAGCUCGACUCAAUGGGCCUCAGCGUUGCUGGAGGACGAAGCGCAGGAGUCGGCGUUGGUGGACUUAGUGUUGGAGGGGGCAUCUCAUACUUCAGCACCCGCUAUGGAUGGACAGUCGAUACCAUCAUCAACUAUGAACUGGUCCUGGCCAAUGGAACCAUCGUCAAUGCAAACGAGAGAGAAAAUCCAGACCUUCUGUGGGCAUUACGAGGUGGCGGUAACAGCUUUGGAAUUGUUACACGAAUCGACAUUUCAGCAUUCCAGCAGGGUCCCUUUUGGGGAGGAAUCAUCUACCUACCUGCUUCCAAUGUCGAGACUCACGCCCGAGAAUUCGUCAACAUCAACAACGCGGAUAACUACGACCCCUAUUCACAUAUCAUGCUCACUUGGGCGUACUCUAAAGAGAGUGGACCUCUGAUUUUGAACUUUCUGGAGUACACCAAAGAGGGUGUCCAGAGUCCAGAGGAGUUCAAGGCACUGUCUGAGCUUCCUUCUUUGUACAGCACUAUGCGAACUUCAAAUGUGUCAGAUUUUGCUUUGGAGAUGAAAGGAUCUCAGGCACAAGUCCAAAGAAGGCUCUGGGCUACGAAUACGCUCGUGGCUACCGAAGAAACGGUCAAGGCUACGUACACUCGUUUCAAUGAGAGUCUCAAGUCUGUCGAGGGCAUUGAGGGCUUGACUUGGUCAUACACACUCGAGCCGCUUCCACCAGCAACCUACUCCCGCCAUGCAGAUGCAAACCCUCUAGGACUGGGUAACAGGCACGCGGCUCUUUUUAUGGGGCUGUUUACCGCAGGUUGGAGUCAGCCAACUGACGAUGCCAAAGUCAAGAGUGCAGUCGACUCAGUUAUGGAGGCAAUGGAGAAAGAUGCAAGAGCACUGGGAUCCUGGGACCCAUUCGUCUACUACAACUACGCCGGACCAUCACAGGAUCCCGUGAAAAGUUACGGAGAGGAGAACGUUAAGCGUCUGCGCAGCAUCGCUAAGAAGGUCGAUCCUUGCCAGGUUUUCACUAAGCAGGUCCCGGGAGGUUUUAAGCUUAAGUAA